AUGGAUGAAACUACAGAUAUUCCCAUUGAUGCUGUUUUUGGUGAUAGAGCUAAGAAGUUUCAAGAAUUCUUAGACAAUAUUGGAACAAGUCCAUCACCUAAUGAAUUGAAGUCCAUGUUAAACAAGGGACAAUAUAGAAUUCCCAUCUCAUUAGAUGAAAUUAGAGAGUUUGAUAGAGAUUUAUGGAGAGGUCUUUUAGAUAAUCCUUCAGAAUUCUUACCAGCUUGUGAAAGAGGGUUAAGAGAAACAAUUUUAUUCACUCAUGAUGAUUCAUUAAUGUCAUUAGACAGAAAUCAACAAUUUUAUUUGAGUUUCAAAGGUUCAUUCGGUGAUAAUUCAGUUACUCCAAGAUCUAUCACUUCAAGUCAUUUAUCUAAAAUGAUAUCCAUCGAAGGGAUUGUUACCAGAGCUUCUUUGAUUAGACCAAAGAUCAUUAGAUCUGUUCAUUAUGCUGAAAAGACUAGUAGAUUUUAUGCCAGAGAAUAUCGUGAUCAAACCACUUCCUUUGAUCCAAUUUCAACCGCUGCAAUUUAUCCUACUGAAGAUUUGGAUGGUAAUAAAUUAACUACUGAAUAUGGGUUUUCAACUUAUAGAGACCAUCAAAAAAUUUCCGUUCAAGAAAUGCCAGAAUUGGCACCUGCUGGUCAAUUACCCAGAUCUGUUGAUGUAAUCUUAGACGACGAUUUAGUUGAUUUGGUCAAACCGGGUGAUAGAGUCCAAUUGGUGGGUGUUUAUAGAGCUUUAGGAGGUGGUAACAAUAACAACACUAGUUUUAGAACUGUUAUAUUAGCUAAUUCCAUUUAUCCUUUACAUGCUAGAUCUACUGGGGUUGCAGCUUUAGAGAAAUUAACUGAUCAAGAUAUCAGAAACAUUAACAAAUUAUCAAAGAAUCCAGAUAUCUUUAAAGUUUUAUCUAAUUCAUUAGCUCCUUCUAUUUAUGGGUUUGAUUUUAUCAAGAAAGCUGUUUUAUUGAUGUUAAUGGGAGGUGUUGAAAAGAAUUUAGAUAACGGAACACAUUUGAGAGGUGAUAUCAAUAUUUUAAUGGUGGGUGAUCCAUCUACUGCUAAAUCUCAAGUAUUAAGAUUUGUUUUAAAUACUGCAUCAUUAGCCAUCGCUACUACAGGUAGAGGUUCAUCAGGGGUAGGUUUAACUGCUGCUGUUACCACUGAUAAAGAAACCGGAGAAAGAAGAUUAGAGGCUGGGGCUAUGGUUUUAGGUGAUAGAGGUAUUGUUUGUAUCGAUGAAUUCGAUAAAAUGAAUGAUGCUGAUAGAGUUGCCAUUCACGAAGUUAUGGAACAACAAACCGUUACCAUUGCAAAAGCAGGUAUUCAUACCACUUUGAAUGCUCGUUGUUCGGUCAUUGCAGCUGCCAAUCCAGUUUUCGGUCAAUAUGAUAUUCACAAAGAUCCUCAUAAAAAUAUAGCAUUACCUGAUUCAUUAUUAUCACGUUUCGAUUUAUUAUUCGUGGUAACUGAUGAUAUUAAUGAUACUAAGGAUAGAAUUAUCAGUGAACAUGUCUUGAGAAUGCACAGAUUUAUUCCUCCAGGAUUAAUGGAAGGUGAACCAAUUAGAGAAAAACUGAAUAUUUCCUUUGCCAUUGGUGAUGAUCAAACUAAUGAACAAGAACAAUUAGAUCAACCAAUUUUUGAAAAAUUCAACCAUUUCUUACAUGCUGGAAUGAAUAAAGAUAAAGAUGCUACUGAUAUUUUAUCAAUUCCUUUCAUUAAGAAAUAUAUUCAAUAUGCUAAACAGAGAUUUAAACCUGUUUUAACUAAGGAUGCCAGUGAUUAUAUUGUCAAGAUUUAUUCAGGUUUAAGAAAUGAUUUAGUUGCUAGUAAUCAAAAGAAUACUGCCCCAAUCACAGCCAGAACUUUGGAAACUUUAAUUCGUUUAUCUACAGCUCAUGCUAAAGUAAGAUUAUCCAGAACCAUUGAAGUUGCUGAUGCUAAAAUUGCUGAAAUGAUGUUAAGAUAUGCCUUAUUCAAGGAAGUCCCUUCCAAAUCCACUAAAAGAGCAAGAUCAAGUCCUGCUUUAUAUGAUGAAGAAGAUGAAGAGGAAGAAGAACUUGAGACUCCUGAUGGAAGUGAUGAUGAAGUUAUUAACACUCCAUUGAGACGUUCAACAAGAGCCAGGGCUCCAAGAAGUACAGGUAUGGAAGAAGAUCUUGAUAAUUUGAAUUUACAAGGUGAAGAUCUAGAUGAAGAAAUUGAACCAGAAUAUGAAUCUGAAGAUGAACAAAUUCAAAAUCCAUUGUCUGAAACUGGUGCCAACACCGGCAGAGAUGAUGGAUUAUCAAACUCAAGAUAUGAAUUAUUUAAAUCUAUCAUGCUUAGAAUAAUAAGAUCAGAAAUUUUCCAAAAUUCCACCAAUUCUGCACCAACAGAACAAGUUCUCGAAUUGAUCAACAGUGAUAUUUCUCAAGAAGAAAGAUUUGAAAAUGAAGAAAUGAAUAUUGCCAUCAAGAGAAUGCUGGAAGAAAAUUUGAUUAUGACAAGUGAUGAUAAAAUUUGGGCUAUUUAG